UGGUCAGCUGAUUGCUGUCACGUGGCUGCCUAUGACAAGUAUAGCGGCUGCAGAGCUGCGGACGAGCCCACUUCCACAAUGGGGCAGUUGAAAGUGGCAGGAUGUUUGGCGGUUUUGCUCUUGUUUACCGUCAGCUCAGGUGUGUGCAGUCCCCUGGCAGGUAAAGAGACCUGGGGUUAUGUCCAGGUGAGGGAUGGAGCCCAUAUGUUCUGGUGGCUCUACUACGCAGACAGCGAGACUGCAGGGUACAAGGACCUGCCUCUUGUCAUGUGGCUGCAGGGUGGACCAGGAGGCUCAGGCAGUGGCUUUGGAAACUUUGAAGAAAUUGGACCUUUGGACAAAGACCAACAGCCCAGAAAAACAAACUGGGUGCAGGCAGCCAGUGUGUUGUUUGUGGACAACCCCGUGGGCACCGGCUUCAGCUACACAGACAGGCCGGACGCCUACGCCACCAACGUGGCCAUGGUGGCGUCAGACAUGCUGGUGCUGCUCCAGCACUUCUUCUCAGAGAGGAAGGAGUUUGAGACACUCCCCUUCUACAUCUUCUCAGAGUCCUACGGAGGGAAGAUGGCAGCAGCUAUCUCUUUAGAACUUACCAAGGCGAUAGCUAAAGGGACAGUCAAAUGCAAUUUUGCUGGUGUGGCACUUGGAGACUCAUGGAUUUCCCCACUGGAUUCUGUCAUGACAUGGGGCCCAUAUCUGUACACUACUUCGCUGCUGGACGACUACGGCCUGGGGGAGGUGAACAGCGCGGCGGAGGCUGUGAAGCAGGCCGUGGAGCAGCAGCAGUUCCAGAAGGCCACCGAGCUCUGGUCUGUCACCGAGACCGUGGUGGAGCAGAACACCAACGGAGUCAACUUCUACAACAUCCUCACUCAGGAGCCUGAUGAGCAGCUCACCACUUCAGCAGGAGACAGUUUCCUCUCUCUGCUCACACGCCGCCACAUCCGACCCCUCCACGGCCAAUCACUGUCCGAGUUGAUGAAUGGACCAGUCAGGAAGAAAUUGGGCAUUAUCCCCCAGAAUGUCACCUGGGGAGGCCAAGCAGAGGACGUGUUCAGCAACAUGGCGGGAGACUUCAUGAGGCCCGUGGUGGACGUAGUGGACCAGCUGCUGAGUGCUGGAGUCAACGUCACAGUCUACAACGGACAGCUGGACCUCAUAGUGGACACAAUGGGCCAGGAGCUGUGGGUGAAGAAGCUGAAGUGGGCAGGGCUGUCCACCUUCAACAAGCUCAGAUGGACGGCCCUGGAUGACCCCGCCUCCCCGGGCGUUACUGGAGCCUUCUUCAAGACCUACAAGAACUUUGCUUUCUACUGGAUCCUCAAGGCUGGACACAUGAUUCCCUCUGAUCAGGGACCGAUGGCCUUACAGAUGCUGAAGAUGGUCACACAGCAGGUCUGAUCCACCCACUGAGAUUAAUGCCAGCUGGAUUGGCUCUGACAAUCAAAAUAAAUCACAUUACCUAUUGUACUCCACUGUCUGCUAAGCCAAAUCACUCAUAUCGCUGUAUUUGAAUACAUGAUUCUUUUGUGUAAAUUCUGGCAAUAAAACCAAUUUUGUUUUUGUUUUGUUUUGUAA